AUGGACAUCUCCAAUACCCAACUCUUGGCAACCACUAUUCUACAGUCUGCUUCUCUAAGUUCGACUACUUUAUAUUCCACAUAUUUACUCAGGGAUGGCUUUGGGGACAAUCCCCUUUUCUACUGCCUGAUUGCCGAAAUACAUGACCCACAAAAGCCAUCAGAAAAAUUGGCUGUUGGAUUUGCCAUGUACUAUUUCACAUAUGACCCAUGGGUUGGCAAAUUACUUUACUUGGAGGACUUUUAUAUCAUCCAGGCUUACCGAGGUCUAGGUAUUGGAGCUGAAAUGCUGAGGAGGAUAAGUCAGAUAGCCAUCAGAACCAAUUGUAACUGCAUGCACUUUCUUGUCGUCAUUUGGAACCAGGCUUCUAUUAAGUACUACACUCGUCGAGGGGCCUUAGACCUUUCCUCAGAGGAGGGAUGGCAUCUGUUCAGAUUUAACAGAGAAGAACUUAUGGACAUGGCAAGGGAAGAAUGAAUAAAGCCUCAUAACAACUCAUCCCAACACAGGCUGCACCAUUUGAAUGUUACCUGAGUUCAACAGCAGUUUGACAUUGAAUGUUGUAAAAUACAGCAAGUGAUCAUAAUAUUCUUGUAGAUCUUUUACUUUGAAACAUAUUUUGUAGACACAGUUAGCUCUUCAGUAUGCACUCUUACUAACAGCCAGUAAGAAUACUGAUAAU